AUGGCUGCUCGAUCCCCGACAGUGGGCACUCCGCUGGUGAAAUCCUCGGUUGCGCCUGAAUCACCCUCGAAAGACGCGCCGGUUGCACCCCAAACAGUGUCAUUUCCUCCACCACAGACCUUUGAGAUCAUCCCACCAUUGCAUGGGAUUCUCCUGCGCUUGCUCUCUCCCAAAGAUUCCUCCACCGGUGCAUCGGGCGCACCCGGAAAUGCAACAGGCGCCGCAACUGAGCCUGGCCAAGCCCAGAAUCAACAACCGGAUGGCGUGAACAAUGGCCAUCCCACAGCUUCACAGGCAGGGGCAGAGGUCCCACUCCUCGAUCCGACUGCACACCCACCACUUGACGUGAAACACCUGCCCACGGAAACCAGCGCCGUGAGAAUUCGAAUCCAAAAAGCUCGAACGGUCGUCCAAGGACUUCCAGAUGUACAUCGGACCAUCGAAGACCAGCAACAGGAAAUUGGAGAAUUGGAGAAGCAUAUGCGCAGGUUACGCUCCGUCAUCUCCGACUUUGGGACCCGAGCAGGAAUGCCACAAGAGGACAAACAGAGGGCCGAAAACAGAUUCAUACAAUUCAUCAUGUCUUCUUACGCUCUCUCCGAUGCCCACCGGGACCAAAUGCACAACUCCCUCGUGGCUAGCGACCCCGAGGUUGCUGCCAUCAUGGAGAAGGAAAUCCAGCGCCAGCGUGAGUCAGUCGUCCUGAUUGCCUCCGAGAACUUCACUUCUCGUGCUGUCUUCGACGCUCUUGGUUCCCCCAUGUGUAACAAGUACUCCGAGGGUUACCCCGGUGCUCGUUACUACGGUGGCAACCAGCACAUCGAUGCCAUUGAGAUCACCUGCCAGCAGCGUGCUCUCAAGGCCUUCAACUUGGACAACUCCAAGUGGGGUGUCAACGUCCAGUGCCUUUCUGGCAGCCCUGCCAACCUUCAGGUCUACCAGGCUCUCAUGCGUCCCCACGACCGCCUGAUGGGUCUUGACCUCCCCCACGGUGGUCACUUGUCCCACGGUUACCAGACCCCCGCCAAGAAGAUCUCUGCUGUCUCCACCUACUUCGAGACCUUCCCCUACCGUGUUGACCUCGAGACCGGUAUCAUCGACUACGACACCCUUGAGCGUAACGCCGAGAUGUACCGCCCCAAGUGCCUGGUUGCCGGUACCUCCGCCUACUGCCGUCUGAUUGACUACAAGCGCAUGCGCGAGAUCGCCGACAAGGUCGGUGCCUACCUCAUUGUCGACAUGGCCCACAUUUCCGGUCUGAUUGCCGCCGGUGUCAUCCCCUCUCCCUUCGAGUACGCCGAUGUCGUCACCACCACCACCCACAAGUCCCUCCGUGGUCCUCGUGGUGCCAUGAUCUUCUUCCGCAAGGGUGUCCGCGGCCAAGACAAGGCCGGCAAGGAUAUCCUCUACGACCUUGAGAACCCCAUCAACUUCUCCGUCUUCCCCGGUCACCAGGGUGGUCCCCACAACCACACCAUCACCGCCCUGGCUGUUGCCCUCAAGCAGGUCGACACCCCUGAGUUCAAGCAGUACCAGGAGCAGGUCAUCAAGAACGCCAAGGCCCUCGAGAACGAGUUCAAGACCCUCGGCCACAAGCUCGUCUCUGACGGCACUGACAGCCACAUGGUCCUCGUUGACCUCCGCGCCAAGGCCCUCGACGGUGCUCGUGUCGAGGCCGUUCUCGAGCAGAUCAACAUUGCCUGCAACAAGAACUCCAUCCCCGGUGACAAGUCUGCCCUCACUCCUUGCGGUAUCCGUAUUGGUGCCCCCGCCAUGUCUUCCCGUGGUAUGGGUGAGGAGGACUUCAAGCGCAUUGCCCGCUACAUCGACCAGACCAUCACCCUCUGCAAGAAGAUCCAGGGUGAGCUGCCCAAGGAGGCCAACAAGCUCAAGGACUUCAAGGCCAAGGUCUCUGAUGACAGCGUCCCCGAGAUCCUGGCUCUCCGCAAGGAGGUUGCCCAGUGGGCCAGCGCCUUCCCUCUGCCCGUUUAA